UGGCAGAAAUAUUUAGACAACAAGAGAUGACCACAUCCCUACGAAAGGAAUUGGAAAGUAAAAGAGUCGAACUGGCAUCUUUGGCAGAACAGUUAGAAUCCAAACACUCUCAACUUGAAGCUUUACAGCUUGCUCUGCAAGGGAAAGAGGAAGUUUUCAGAACACAGGAGAUGUCUGUAAAUAAGUUGCAAGUCAAACUGUUGGAAAGUGAAAGUCAAAUCACCCAGAAAAUAACAGUGAUCUCUGAGCUACAUGAAGAAGUUCAGAAUUUGCAGACAGCUUUGCAAGAAAAAGAUAGGUUUCUGUUAAAUAAAGAUAAAGAGUUUUCUCUGGUUAAAAAGACGUUAAUGGCACAAUCAGAAUCAUGUGAAGCAAGACUGAAAUUAGAAAUGAACGAAAUUGCAAAAUUUCAGGGAGAGUUAAAGAGCUUACAAGAAAAGAAUACCCAUCUCAUCAGCAUCAUUAAUGAAAAGGAUUAUUUAUUGAUGCAGGAGAAGGAAAAGUGUCUGCACUUGCAAGGUAGUGCAUCAGAACUGGAAAACACAGUUUCACAAUUAACCUGUCAAAUAGAGCGAUUAACCUCAGAGAUCACACAGCUCAGGGAAACUCAAACUGAGAAGGAACAAGUCACGCUUGCUGCUCAGUCACAAGUGCAGAAACUGGAUGAACUAUACACGAAACUUCAAGAGGAAUACGAUUUGACCAAACAAGAGUCGCUUAAAGUUAUCAGUGAAAAAUCAUUAAAGGAAGAAGAGAUCUGUAAAUUGGUCCUGGAAAAAGAAGAGAUCUGCAGAAAUUCCAGUUAUCAGAUUCAGAGAAUUCAGGACCAGCUACAACAUCACAAGUGGCAAUCCAGCAAAGUGGAAGAAGACAAGACAAUGGAGAGAGAGAAAUACCAUGUCCUGGAGUCCAUGGCUUCGCAGGGUAAAGAUGUGUCUCCAGAACACUGGGUCCAGUUGCAUAGCCAUCUGCAGCACUGUCAGCGAGAGAUCCAGCAAAGGGAUUUUAGCCUCCAACAACUCAACAUCAAGUUGCAACAGGCAAUUGAGGAAAAGGAAGGGGUGUCCUCCCAGUUAAGCACUGUUUCCAAGAUGCUCAGAGACACACAGCAGACUGUUAGUGAACUCCAGAAUCGCUGCUAUUGGCAGGAGAGACCAUUUCAAAAUCAGUAUUCACACACACAGGGUUCAGUCUACACAGAAGUUCCACCAGGAGCCCCUCAGGAACCAAUCAGUGCCGAUUUUAACCCAAGUGGAUCAGACAGUGGAGAUCUCAGGAUGAGGCUGGCUGAGGCAGAGUUUCAUCUGUCUCGGUUAAACUCCAGAUUAGAGGAGGAGAGAUCAAUGAGAGAGGUUGCAGAGGAAGCCAUGCGGUUGACUGAACAGAAAGUAAAGAGCAUGGAGUCAAACCAAUUACGGCAUUCUCAAAGGGACUUUAGUAUUCAGCUAGAAAGAGACGAGGAACAGUAUGAAGAUCUUGUUCUUCGCCCAAGCCGGCACCUGUUCAUGCACAAGGUACUUCAUGUAUAAAUUAAUGUAUAAAUGAAGCUUCCAG